AUGGACUCGUUCUACGCAGAGGUGGAGCGAGUCCGUCUCGGCCUCCCGGCCGACCGCCCGCUCGUAGUCCAGCAGUGGGAGUCGCUCAUCGCGGUCAACUACCCUGCACGAAGGCACGGCAUUGCCCGAUCGCGCGGCAAGGGCAUCAUCGAUCCGGUCGAGGCCAAGGAGGCAUGUCCCCAUCUCGUGGCUGUCCACGUCCCGCUCUUUACCCUCGAGGGCAUGAUCGACCUGGACAUCAACGAGUCCAUCACCUCGCAGGCGAGGGCGAGGAGGCCCAUGGGCAAGGCCUGUCUUGACCGCUAUCGCGAGGCUGGCUACAAGGUCAUCCAGAUUUUCAAGAGGUUCACGCCGGCUGUGGAGCGUGCCUCCAUCGACGAGGCCUUUAUCGACAUCACAGAUCUGGUCGAGGCUCGCGCUGCUGCCGCUGCCGCCGCAAGGGGACCCGAGUGGUGGCGAUCAGAGUCAUUUGCGGGCUCGGCGGUGGUGACCGGGCCAAAGUCUGCGAUCGGCGGCGAAGAGGUGCGUGUGGCCUCGCUUUCGUCGGCCUUGCUCUGCCUCGGCGCGCGCCUGGCAAGCGAGAUGCGUGCUGCAGUCUCCGAUGAGCUGGGCUACUCGUGCUCGGCCGGCGUGGCACAGACCAAGAUGCUGGCCAAAAUCGCGUCGGCUGCCAACAAGCCCGACGGGCAAGCUGUUGUCCUGCCCGGCAACGUCGCCGGCUUUAUGGCCGACAUGCCGCUCAAGGACAUUCCAGGGCUCGGCGGUAAGCUCGGCGGAGUGUUGGCCGAGGCACUCGGCGCGACUACCGCCGGCGAGGUGCUCGCCGCGCCACGGACAGCCCUCGAUGCAGCCCUUGCUGGCGCCCGCACUCUCCACGCCUCGCCGCGCUGGGUCAUCGCCUCGUGUGAUGGCUCGCGGAACGAGUCCGUUUCGCCGGUCUACAAGCCCAACUCGAUGCUGGCCCAGAAGCGAUUCAAGGGCCUCGUUGACAAGUCGGUCGUCCGCUCCUGGGUUCGCAUCCUCAUCCUCGAAGUUGCCACCCGCAUCUCGACCUACCGCCAGUACUACAACGGCGCGCCGACUACUAUCACACUCUCGUCCGAGUCGAGCCCGCCGUCGGGCACCAUCUCGCGCUCGGGCUCCGCCCAGCUACCGUACUUGCCGAAGGAUCCCGAGAAGGUCAUCGCCGCCGUCUCGGACCGCGUCCUUGCCCAGCUCGACGUCAUUGCGCCGCCGCUUCCAGUCACGCUCCUCACACUCUCGGCCCGCAACUUUGUUGAUCUCGUCGACGACGAGAACGCCAUCUCAGCCUUCUUUACUGCCGACCAAUCACCGGCGGAAGCUGAAGAAGCACCACUGCCAUCCUCAACCGCCACCAAGCCUGAACCAGCUCCUGGCCCCGCGCCCGCAUCCGAGCCUGACAUUAUUGCGCUGACGCAAGAUGUGGUGUGUGAUCGAUGUGGCAUGCAGAUGCUGCCGUCCGCCGCACCCGCGCAUCGCGACUUUCACCUCGCAGCCGACCUCCACGCCCAGCUCAAUCCGCUCUCAGACCCGAGCCACACGCUUGGCUUCCGCGCCGCACCGCGCUCACCUGCCAAGCGAUCCGCACCAUCAUCGUCGUCUGCCUCGACCGCCUCCACCCGCCCCUCCAAAAAGGCCAAGCCGAGCUCGAGCGCCUCUCUCACCUCUUGGUUCGGGCCUGCACCCAAGGUGGAGGCCGAGAAGGAGGCUGAGCGGAGGCGGCGUGAGGCGGCGCCGGCCGAACUGGCUGCGCGACCCAGCGGCGAGACGGGCCGAUGCGAGUCAGAGUCCGACGCAACGAGCCACGGGUCGACGGGCGAAGACGAACCGGCGUCUGGAUCGUCGUCGAUGGCGGCAGACUCCGAGUCGGCGUCGGGAUCGAGCGAGCGCGACAACGAGAGCGAGAGCGAGCGCGAGUGCGCCGCGGGUGCAGAUGGCGCAGGCGCGAGCAGAAAGGCCCGGCGCCGUCCUGGCGUGGGUGCGUUUGGGCUGACCAAGCAGCACUUUCGGCUUCAGACUGUGUUUGAGAAGGAGCCGCGCGAGAUCAUCGAAGCGCGAAAGGCCACAGCGCGCGAGCCACUCGUCCGCCCGGCGUGCGAGCCGGGCGAGCGGUUCUCGACGCUCCGGAUGACCGACGCCGAGCUGGACGCCAUGGCCGACUCCAUUCCCAUGCCGAAGCGACCGAUAUGCCCGCAUGGCUCGUCGAAGGAUGCCAUUGUCGCUGCGGAAGAGGCCGCGUACACAGCAUGGCUAGAGAGCGUGUAUGGGCAGUGGCCGCGCGAGCGGCUCAACUACUUUGAGCACAACCUCGAGGUGUGGCGCGAGCUCUGGCGGGUCCUUGCCAUCUCGGACAUUCUCUGCCUGCUGGUCGACGCCCGUGCGCCGCUCUUCCACUUUCCGCCGUCGCUCUACCACCACGUCACCGCCGACCUUGGCAAGCCGCUGGUCCUUGUGCUGACCAAAGUCGAUCUUGUUGCGCCGCAGACGCUUGCUGCGUGGAUCAAGUACUUUGAGACCAAGUACCCCAAGCUGGCGGUGGUUCCCGUCUCGUCGUUGCCUAAUGCGCCGAUCACGACGCCGACCGCGUACCGGACCGAUGAGCGUGGCCGGCUGCUGUACCGCAAGCGGCGUCGCCGCAAGCAGGCGCAGCGCCCACCGCAGGGCCUGGCCAGGCUUGCCCGCGAGAUAGCACAGCUGCCUGAGGCCCGCGCGGCAAGCGGCAUCGAUUGGGAUGAGCUUAUCGACACGCUACUGGUCCGCGAAGAGCGCGUGCGAACCCAGAUCGAGGCAGCUCACGAUGACGCGCGCGCCGCUGCGGCUGUGGAGGCACGUUCCGCCGCAGGCGACGUUCCAAGCUCUGACGAUGGUAGUGACGAGUACGUCAUCGGGCGGAAGCGCGGUUCGUUUGUGACGCUCGGCAUGAUCGGGCAUCCGAACGUGGGUAAGUCGGCGCUCAUCAAUGCGCUCAUGGGCAAGCAUGUGGUGUCGGUCAAGCGGACGCCCGGGCACACCAAGGCGCUGCAGACGCACUUUCUCACGCACAACAUCCAGCUGUCAGACUGCCCCGGGCUCAUCUUUCCCAAGGUCGACAUGUCCAAGCCGUUACAAGUGCUCUGUGGCCUCUAUCCGACGUCCCAGGUUGUGGAGCCGUUCUCGGCCAUCCGCUACCUUGCCGAGCGGGUGCCGGUCGAGGUUGUGUACGAACUGCAGCUUCCUGUCGAGUCGGACGAGGACGAUGAUGGCGGCGGCCCGCCGCGGCCCGCGCUCAAGAAGCUGAAGAAGGCAAUGGCCCAGGAUGAGCGGCUUGAGCUUAACCGGAUGGGAAAAGCGCUGUCCAAGGCACGGGUCCGGUACGUGGCAGAGCACCUGGCCUUGUCGCGGAGCUGGAAAGCUGCGGCUGCGGCGACGGGCGAGCCGUUUGCCGCUGCCACGGUGGCCUAUCUCGAGGAUGCGCAGCAGUGGACGGCGUGGAAGAUGUGCGAGGCUUACGCCAUCAAGCGCGGGUUCUUUACACCCAACACCGGGCGGCCAGACGUUUACCGGGCGGCCAUCAAGAUGAUCUACGACGUGCUCGACGGCUACGUCGUCUUCUCCUUCCUCCCGCCCGCAGACUACGAGCUCAGCGGACCGGACGAGGUCGACAGACUGCUGUUGGGCUUUCGCCACGCCUCAUCGGCCUGGUAA